AUGGAGGAGGAGUACCCGGUGAACCUGCGCGUGGAGAUGGCGCCCGACGGAAGUGCGGUGCUCCUGCCAGGCAGCAUCACCAUCACGCACACCACCGUCUCCGUCUUCAAGCUCUGCGAGCUCAACGACGAGGAGCCGCUCUUUAUUGGCAUUUGCUCCAUCCCACUCAUAAAGCUUGCGCGGGUGCCGAGUGUCUUGUUCACUGGCUCCGAGGCACUUGCGCUGACAAGCGUCUCGGACCAUCUCUUCAUCAACGCCUCCCUCUCCGCCGGCAUCGCCCCGCAGAAGGAGGGCGGCAGCACCACCAGCAGACGCACGGCGUCCACCGGCCUCUUCCCGGGCUCGCCAAAGGAGGAGCCCACCGCCGACGAGCUCCAGCGCCUCGACAACCCGGCGCAGUGGGAACAGUUGCGCCUCGAGUUCCCCAGUAGAGAGGCGUACAGCCGGUGCAUCACGGCCCUCCUCGCCCGCGGCGCGGAGGACUUCACGGAGGACUACCUUGCCUCCCUCCGCCACCCCCCCGACGCGCCCCUGCUGCCAGAGAACAUCUCGCCAAAAACCCGCUCCAUCCACGCAAGCGAGUUCGCCGCAAGCGUCAAAACCCAAAGCCAACUGCGCUCCUGCACCGCGAAUGAGUUGGCGACGACAACGGGCGACCUCAGUGAAAUGCACAGCUGUCGAAGUCCCCCGGCGGGGUCGAUGGACCUGCGAGAGAGCCCGUUUCAGUUCCGGGCCUCCAGAGGGCCGCUGGGCGGAACGAAUGAGGGCCUGCGAGAGGGGGGAACACCACGAAGCGACGUACUACGCACCCCGCGUGGGAGUCAGCCGGAUCGCAGUGCGUCUUCCCGGAGCCAACCAGUAUCCAGCCAACGUGAAAUAUUGACUCCGCAUGAGUCGUAUGCUAGUUCGAAGGUCCUGCAGAGCUCGCACAGAGGCCGGGGACUUCCCGUGCGCAGUAAUCCCACAAACAGCCGCCGGGAGCUUGCGACGCCGAGCGAAUCGCGAUCCCUGCGUGAUGAAUCAACAAAGGGGAGUCUGCGAGAGUUCCCACGUGAGACCGUCCUGGCACAGAGACCGUUGCCAACCAACAGCAUCCAUGAACAAACCCCGCACUCGAUUCUCUCCUCCCGCAAUGGGAGCGACGCGGGGCGUCCGCGGCAGCCAAACACCGUCGGCCAGCCGACCUCGUUUGGAACAACGACGAUCCCCGCCAACUUGAAAUCGCUUGGCCCCGACAAGGCGGCGCGGCCGGUAAACCGGCCUUACGGCUCUGCUGGGCCGUCACAGUACCUGUCGUCGAGUGAGGUGGCCGCGACGCAGCGGUUGUCUAGGAACCGCACGGAGUACCAGAUGCUCGUCCGCAAUGUGAUGAAGCUGAUGCACCACCGCUUGCAUUUUAUGCAGUACCUGCAUAAGGAGUUGGUGCACGAGGCCUAUCUUGUGGAGGAGGCGAAGCUGCUUGGCGGUCGCGGCCAUCGCUCGCGCAGUGCCUCUAUGAGCCGACCGACAAGCAUUUCCCCGCGUUCCCCGCGUCGCACGGCAUACUCAAGUGUCGCGGAAGAGUCCGCGCGACUUCGCGAGAUUGAAGGGCGCCUGCGUUCCGUCGAACAACUACAACGCGAGGCUGAAGAGGAUCGAAAGGAGGCGCUGCGUCUACGCCAUGAGGCGGAGAAGAAGAUGGAGUCCAUCCUACGCGACUCGGUGAGUGCGCCGUCGCAGAACUAUGCCACAUUAAACGCGGCGGAGCGGGCGAGGUACGACGCGUCCGUCCGUAGCCACAGUUCCCAUGCGGCAGGUAAGAACCCGCCGUUCCCCAACGACAGCACGGAUAUGGCGUAUGCGGCCCAUCAAAGCAAAACGCGCGUCAGCGAUGCAUCGCGUGUGAGCCGACCCUUGACCCUGCUGAACGGAAAUGGUCAAGUGGCGCUUGCGACGCAGCCGGGUUUGUACCCAGUCCUGUCCACGGAGGACCCCUCGCAGGUGGAGUACGCCACCGCCGUGCUGGAUCGCUACAUCUAUGGCGAUGAGUGGCAUCUCUUGUACCCUGCGCGCGAGGAAGACGUGCGCUUCUGCGCCCUAACAGACAUCUGCCUGAUGCUCAAGCUGCCGCGCCGUCUCGUGACCGUCAGAACGAUCUCCGUCGACCAGCCCGGGGUGCGCAUCACGGCGGAGAUUCACUACAUCCGUGAACAGUUGCCGCGUGAGACGAUAGAGCGCCGCUUCGCCACCCAGCCUUUCCUGUUCUUGAAACGACUCUACGAGCUGCGCCACUGCUUUCCCGCCUCUGCCACCGCCGGCACGGCCAACCGCGGCGCCCGACGCGGGUCAAAGGGCGGCUCGCGGGUGCGGGCGCUGCAGGGGAAUCGCAGUAACUCGCCAUCCUACCUGCGCUCCGCCGACGACGACGCUGGGACGUUGCGAAGCGACAGUGUCAUGACGGAGGACAGCAGGGCGGGCACAAAUAGCCGGAUGCGGGAAUUGGAGCGGCUGACGCAGGAUCGCCUGCGCCAGCGCCAACAGGACCGCGGCAGCGAGCGCGGGCGCAAGCAGCGGGACCUGCAACGGGAGCAGCUGCAAGAGCAAUUGGACCAAUUGGAGCGGGAUGAGGCCUCGCGGCGCAGUAGACUUGUCCUCUCCGAGGCGGAGGAGCGCCUCAACGCGAACGGUGGCAGGGGCGGGGGCCAUCAGCUUCAGAGCCGCUCCCUCGCCGUGCAGCAGCGCGUACUGGAGGGGGAAGAGCAGGUGGAGCGUGCGAAGGUGGAGGCCGGCUACGCGCGGCAGAUGCAGGCGAUGGGUCGGGCCCAGCAUCGCAACCUGGCGCCCGUACGCCUGUUGACGCAGGAGCGCGAGCGGCGGCUGCGUGUGGCGGCGCAGGAGCGCGAGGAUCGCCGGUUGCUGGAUCUCAUGAUGAACCCACGGCGCCUGCGGGCGGCUGCGUCGCAGCCGGAGGUGGAUGAGCAGUCCUGCCGCCAGCGUCUCACGGAGGCCGAGGCGAAGCAGCGGCGGCACAUUUACGCCAACGUGCGCAGCUUCCUCAUGGAGGCGCUGCAGGAGGAGGUGGAGGGGCUCAUCGGGGAUGAGCGGACGGCGCGCAUGAUCCUGGCGGCGGAUGAGAUGCGGGAGCGGCUGGAUCUUGUUUGCACCAGCAAGGCGCCCGUGUGCAGUGGUGUGCCGAGGACGUUGCUCGUCUCCCCAGAGGCGUGGCAGGCCCUCUUCGUGGAGGAGGUGGCGGAGCGUGCGCACUUUGUGAACGAUGAGGGGCGUCGUCGCCGCCUGUUUCAGCGGGAGUACAUCCUGACGACGGAGGAUGCGGCGCGAAACGAGAUUGAGCUCCGGGAGCUUGACGAGCAUGCCCUCAUGCUAGAGAGCAUCAUGCACCGCAACCGCGCCAUGCUGGAGCGGCGCCGGCAGGAGCGCAAGGACGCGACCAACCUGAGCAACGAGGAGCAGUACUACCGCAAGGGGACCCUCAGCGAGGAGCACGAUGGGUGGGAGGUGCUCAUGGAGUUGUUCGACACGGGCUUAAGUGAGUUACUUGCCAGGGAGGCGGCCCGCCUGGCCGCGGCGGUCGCGGUACCGGAGCUUGAGAGCCCGCAGCGCCGCCGCCGCACGACGGUCACCCCGCGUGUGACGAAGCCGUUUCACUACAUGACGUUUCUGCCGGAGGACAUGGACCACCUGCCCAGCUCCAGCCUUGCCAUCGAGGGCAUCUUGGGCUGCAGCGUUAACAAGAACCUCGAGGUCACCAGCAUCGAACGCCCGCUGCCGAAGGUGGAGGAGGACGAGCUGCAGUUCCAGGCGGGCGACAUGAUUCUUGACGUCGCCGGCUACUCGCUGCACUCCCUCUCGCACCUGCGGGAGGUGCUGUCGAACCGCACGAUGCAGAUCCAACACGAGGCCCGCGAGGAGUUUCCGGAUUUGCCGGAGGAGGAGCUCACCGUCAACCCGGCCCUGCAGAAGUACCUCGACGUCCUCUGCGAGCACCACAACUUCCUCGUGCAGGUGCUGCGCGGCUGCGACAUCUUCCAAAUCAUCGUCAAGUCGUGA